AUGCAGAUAUACCUACAGGGUCAUUCAACUGCUUUGGAUUGGUCAUAAGAAUAAAAAUUAGGAAGCGGAGGCAAGGAUUGUAAAAUUGUAUUGUGGGAUAUUAAUGAUUAUCAAUCGUUUAUUCACAAGCAAGAGAAUUAAGCAGCAUAUAUAAGAAGAACGGUCUUGAAGGGGAAUCAAGCAGAAUUUGAAGACAUGUCUUAAUCAGAAUAAUUAGAAUCUUAUUGUUAAAACAGAUAAAUUAUUUUGGGAUUAGAGAAUAGGAGGAGGGAAAUGUUGGAGUUUAGAUAAAGUAUAGACAGAGAAUUACAUAAGAAGGAUAUCCAUUGUGUAAGUUGGGGUCAAUAUGAUGAAAAUAACAUCGCAAGGGGUUCAUUAGCUGGAAGUGUACACAUCAUUGAUAAACACAAAUAAAUUGGAAUUCAAGAAUAUGUCAAGGAAGUCGCUAAUCUUUAAAAAGUUUAAUCAUUGUAAUUAGACCUUAUUGAUAUCUUUUGA